GAUGGCAUCAUAACAGGUUUUAGUUAUUUUAUUAAGCCAUUGGCACGCCUGCUAUUUAGAAAGUGCAAUGGACGGGUAAAAUUUAUCACAGUCUUAAAAUUUUGUUGUACGAUUAAUUUAAUUAUAAUUUAACCAUUUAUUUUCAUUUUGAGACGCUUAUGAAACUAUUAACAGCAUGGAUUUGACAACUAGCCCACAACAAAACUACAACAAAUUUAGCACUAAUGAAACACAAAAUAUGUUGAACGAAAGCGACUUACUUGAGUCAUUAAUUGAUCUCAGUUCAGUGCAUAUAAGCGAUGAAGAAACUUGGUUGUAUUCUACAGAAGCAAAUAAUGGCGGAGACGCUAUAAAAAAGCUUUAUUCUCUGGGGAAAUCCCAGAAUCAAUCACCAGAAUCUCCAUCACAAAGGAGCAUUGACACACGAACGUUUACCCGUCCGAAAAAACGAAUCACACGACCGAGUGUUGAAAAAUACAAUCAAGAUUUGUAUGGCACAGGUGAUCCCCUUGAAUUAUCCACAGAUAGCUUAAAGAAAUCAUUAGAUAGUGGUAUUGUGGUGGAUGUAAGUGAACCUAUUACACCUACAACACCAUUACACUUUGAUUUGGCCCAGCCCAGCAGUAGUUAUUAUUUUGAAAAUGUUUUGGCUAAAGCCACAGAUGGAGACUCCUUUCAAAACAUGUCUCCCCCUAGUUUGGUAAAUUCAAUGUGUUCUUCGACAUUUGCCAACUUAAUGGAUAGUAGUUUUAUUAAAAAUGAUCCAGUGUUGAGAGAGAUUAGUCAUAAAGAUUAUACUGACUCAAUUUUGUUACAAGACUGUGAACCACCUUUAUUUCAGUCUAUUAGUGAAAGUUUUAGCAGUGUUAAUUCAGAUAGUCCUGAAAGUUUUCUUAAAAAAGUGGUCCUUAAUCAUACUCGAGAUUUAACUAAAGAAUUGGAUAGUUCCAAGGGGAAGAAUAGUGAGGCCUGUGUUUCUAAUUCAACUUUUGAUAAAAUUGUCCAAAUUAAUCCAGAAGAAACACAUCCCGAACCGAAAUGCAACACGACAACAAACUACGAUUCUGAGGGCAGCUUAGCUGGCGAUCCGCCCACAGUCUACAACGAAAAUUAUGGCGCCACAUACCGCCGACCGCCUCGCAAGAGUCAUACGUUCCGCAAGUCGGACCUGAAGAGCGACACGUUAAAUGCCACCUUCCGCAUGUCGCCUGCCGAUGCCGUCUUGGACGAUGCCCCGUCUGUCGUCCACCAGCAGCGCAACACGACGCUCACCCUCAAGAAUUCCGGUCCGUACAUUUGCGGUGAUGAGACCGUCACAAAGGAAAGCUCGGAGAUGCUGAAAAACCAGCUGAGGCACAUCAAUGAUUUGAACAAGCUGAGCUACUGUGUGGACAGGACGCAGAGGUUGAGCCCGUACAAGGGGGACGUGGUGGACGAUGUGACGUUGAAGAGGAACUCUAUCGGGUCAGCGGACAGCUUGGACAGGAUGAGCAGCCUUUCAAACUGCAGCAGCAGGGGUUCGAACAAAAUGCUUAAUAUGGCAGAUGUAGAUGCUAUUGUGGAGAUGCAAGAGAAAAGUUUACAACAGGUGAUGUCGACGCCAAAACCAAACACGGGGGGCAAAAAGUUGUGGGAGCACAACUUCAUAUCGCCGAUAGUAGCGAACGUUCAUUAUUCAGACUCCGACACCUCGUCGACCGAGGAAUACAGGAGUGUCAAAUCGUCGGCGUCAAAAAUUUCUCUGGAAACCGACAGAUCGAAACCACCCAAGUUGAGUAAUCUCGAUAAGAAACCGAGGACGAUGUUAAUGGGAGGCACAUACAAAAAACCGGCACCGCGAUCGAUUCCUACUUCCGGAAAUUUGCAAGCUGGUGGCUUGAAGAGUUCGCAACCGAAUAUCCGUGCUCCUGUGAUGCCACCUUCGAAUUUGAAAACGAUGGGAACAGGCUUGAAGGGUUCGUACACGAAUCUGCGGCCGAUCAGCACCUAUUUGCCAGUGGCGCCGCCACCACUCAAUCAAACGGUUACGCAAAGUUCGGCAGAGGUUAACAAGACCCAAACUUUGACGGACGAUCGGCCGCAGAUGGUGCACGUGCCCACCGCCAAUAAUGCCCGAGUUGCGCAGGUGAGUGAGAAUGUCCAACCUAUGAUUAGAGCCCCAGUUGCUGAUGCUAGUUUGAAACCUAGAAUGAGUGGCUUGCCAAGACCUAUUAGCGGCCUCCCUAGGCCGGUUUCUAGAAUACCCGGCCCCAAAAGGGUUCCCUCAAGGCCGACCACUAGUAGAUACUGACAUAUGCGUUCAAACUUAUCAUAUAAUUCGUGCCUUAUCGACUUAUCAAGAACAUAUUGUAUCAAAUUAUCUACGAUUAGUGUGUUUUGUUAUUUAUAUCAUAUUUAUUUACAGUGUUUUAUUAAUGUUAAAUAGAUUACCAUAUUAUAUAGUGCGGUUUUUAAAUUUUGUUUGGAAUUGGAUAUACAUAUUUGUAAAAUACAAUUGUUAUAGAUUGUAUAAAAUGUGCAUAUGUGUAAUUUUAAGGUACACAGGAAUGACUGUUUUUACAAUUUUUGCUCACAUAUUAAGACUUAGUGAAAAGCAUUUGAGGAAUUGUAAAAUAAAAUCAACAUCUUGGAACAUUUGGUUAAAUUUUGUAAAUUCCAAUUCACACCAAAGAAAUGCAACACAGUAUAUGUAUAUUUUCGAAAAUGACAGUAUUUGCAUAUGAAAAACAACAGAGUGAUUGACUGAAAUUCCCCCUCCUAAAUAAAAUUAAGUAUUUUGAUAGAAUAUAUAUUUCAAGCCAAUUUUGUAUACGUUUUCCAUUUUGUAAGUGCCUAUGUGAUUGUUGUUUUUGUUAUUAAGUUUGUUUAUUAUUUGUAAUAAUAAUAUUAUCAAGCUUUGGAAAUUUUUACUUUUCUACAAACCACUUGUUAUUGGAAACAUAUCAGUUAUUUAUAGUUCUGCGGUAGCUCUUAAUAUUUUUAUGUAUAUGGAAUGGAUAAAAAUUGUCUUGCCAUACUCUUUUUUAUAGUAACACAAGUGGUUUUGUGAAUAAGUAUAAAAUGGCAAUUAUCAAUCAAUUUUUCAUACAUUAUACCUAAAAAAGCCUAAUUAUGAUUAUUAAUUUUCAUCACAAUAUAAAAAAUUCUUACUCUGGAUUAAUUAAGCAGAUUUGUGGUAGCUGAAUAUAAUUUCUACUGUAGAUAUUAAUUACCUGAGCAAUAUUAAUAUUAUUUGUAUACAUGACCUUUUUAAUUUUCUGUUUACUAAAGCAAUAAACAUUGAUUAACAGA